UCUGUCUGACUAAAACAAGACGUCAUAACAACGCGACGCAGGACUGUUUCUGUUGCAGUAACCCUUUAUUACACAGUUCAUGCAGUAGCCGUGAAACAUAUCAGUCACUGCUCUUACAGCAGGAACUGUAAACAUUGAAUAUGUCGACUGCUAUGAAUUUCGGGACCAAAAGUUUUAAACCUCGGGCUCCUGACAAAGGCUCGUUCCCUCUGGAUCACUUCGGAGAGUGUAAAGCCUUCAAAGAGAAGUUCAUGAAAUGCCUGAGAGAGAACAGCUUCGACAACUCGAUGUGCAGACUACAGUCCAAAGACUACCUGGAAUGCCGCAUGGACAAUCAGCUAAUGGCCAAGGAGCCCAUGGAGAAACUGGGGUUCAAGGACUUGAUGGAUACACCUCCCAGCCAAGCAGACAAAGACGCUAAACCUUGAAGAAAGAUAUCCCACAAAAGCAAAAAGGAAAAGGCUGCUGUAACAUUCUCAAUGAAAGUUACAACAGCUGAAAAGACUUACCUUGAGGAUCAUGCUGGCCUUUAAAACCAAGGAGAUACUGGGAUUUACAUGGUGGCCUCUGUGGUUACAGAGCAUUCACUGAGUUUAUCAAUCCUUUAUGUCAAUAAAACAAAGUUGAAAAAAAUAUAUACAUACACUUCUAAAGUGCAAUGGAGAGAUGCUGCUUUUACAUAUCCAUAAAUAUUUUGUAAAUAAACAAACUGUCUAUAAAUUGG